AUUGAACAGCAAAGAAAGAAAUGAUUUUGACACAGUUGAACUACUAACUGCAGAAAUCAAUCCCCACAAUCAAAACCUUAAAAACUCAAUUUCCAUUUUUGUCCCUUUCAUAUCCCCUCAGAUUUUUCCAUAAAAAAUUUCCCACUGUCUUACUAUUCUCAAUUCAAGAAACCUAUUAUAGGUUUAAAGGUCAGUUUUUUGAUACAUAUAUGGCAAUAUUUUUUCUUGAUUUGAUAUGGGUAUUUGCUAAAAAGUUGUGAAUUUGGGUAUACCCUUUAGCUUUUCUUGGACAAAUUUUGAGUUAUUUGUAGUGUUGAUUGAUUUUAUUUGGAUUUGUGGUGAAGAACUGAAAAUUUUGGGUUUUGGGUAUUUGAGUUGUUGUGUAUGUGAUUCUUGAGCUGCUUAUAGUUUGUUGGUUUGAGUAGUGGAGUUAGUUUUAUUUGAUGAAAGUAUGUUGAUUGAGAAAAGGAGUGAUUUUUAGUAUACCCAGUAGCUUUUCUUGGACAAAUUUUGAGUUAUUUGAAGUGUUGAUUGAUUUUAUUUGAGUUUGUGGUAAAGAGCUGAAAAUUUGGGGUUUUGGGUAUUUGAGUUGUUGUGUAUGUGAUUCUUGAGCUGCUUAGAGUUUGUUGAUUUGAUUUUAUUUGAUGAUGCCACAACCUAGAAGAAAAAAGUGGACUGAGGCAGAAGAAAGAACUCUAAUUGAUAAGUAUGGUGAGAUGUUAUGUGAUGGGACUUUAGCUAAAAUGAAAACUAGGGAAAAGAAGUAUAGACCUAUAGCUUUACAUGUGAAUUCUGUGCACAAUGUUCGCGAUCCGAUCACGUAUCCAUGGCAAUGGACUUGGAAGGAUGUGUCCACUAAAGUGCAGAACAUGAGGCAUCAGUAUACACUGGUGAAGCAGAAGAUUAAGAAGCCAAACUCUGGGGAGGAGUCGGGUGCUGGGGAGGAGUUUGAUUGGAUGGAGGGGCUAACUCAUUGGUCGAACUUUUUAAGGUAUAAGGAAGUGUUUGGGGAUGUCAAUACACUUGUCUUCAAUUGUAGCGACUCCAUGGCGGUUGUAGGAGAUGGAAAUGAAAAUAGUGGGGGAUUUGAUGGGAAUGGUAAUGGUAUGGGGAUUGAUCAAUUUGGGCAUCUAGGUCAUGCUGGGGACGGUGAUUUUACGGGAGUUAUUAAUGGGGUUGAUCAUGGUGUUACAGGUAUGGAGUUUGAUUAUGAUGGAGAAGAAGGAGAGGAGAAUUUCAAUGGUAGUAUCAGGAGGAAUAAUCAUUUGAAGGAAGAUGCGGAUAGUGGAUUUGUUUACGAAGACAUUGAGCCAACUGGAUCUGAUACGAGAAAGAAGAAGAAACUAAAAGGGGUGGAGAAGAGGGCGUGGGGUUUUCUUGCAACACAGUUGGCACAGUUAAAGGAAAUGGAAGCUCGGUUUGAGCAGCGUGAGGCUGAGAGGGAGCAGGAGCGGCAGAGGAGAGAACAUCUUAGAAUAGAACUUGAACAAGAACGUGAGAGAAAAUGGGAAGAAAGAGAAAGAGAGAGGGAGGAAAGGGAGAAAGCGAGAGAGAAGUUGCAGAGACAGAGAAUUCAAGAAUGGGAAGCAAUGGAGAAGGAAAGUGAGGAGAGAGAGAGGAGGAGACGAGAGGAACAGCUUAUAUUUGAGAGAGAACGUGAAGAAAGAAUGCACAAGAGGAGAUCAGAUUGGAAGAAGAGGAUUGACGAGACGUUAGGUCAGCAUCGAGUUGAAAUGAGCCAGGUCCAGACUCGGAUACUUCACGAACAACAAAAUCUUACUAGUCAGCUUCUUGGAAUUUUUUCUCAGUGGACUGGUCAUCCAACUGGGCUUUCUGAUCACACAGGAGCUAGCAACCAUUAUCUUUCACAAAUGAUGCAAAACUUGCACCAUGUCAACGGGAUGGUUCACGGUGAUGCAAGGGUUGUAGAUGAUGCUCAAGAAGACCAAUUUAUCGUUGAUGGAUAAAUAAAAGCAAGCUCCUUUUAGUAUUUACAUCGAUCACCUGAAUAGGGAAGGUGCAUGUACCUUGCAAGACAUGAACACGUGUAAAGGUCAGUAACUUGUAAUUGUAUUAUUUGAUAUUAGGUUUCUACUCAGAGCCUAUGUAUUUGAAUAAUGUUUCCCAUAUCCCCUUUUUAAUGUAGCCAGUAUAGAAUGUAGAGUUCUCGGCCUUUAAGUUUUUAUGUCGCCAUUGUUCAAUAAAAUAUUUUGAUAUAUUUAUAUAAUACCAUCAUUUUUUU